UUCUUCAUCACUAACAACACCACACGCAGUUCAUUCACACACUUGAAAGCCCUAAUUGGAAGGUUCUCGAAGCAAUGGCGGAAGGCAGAGGAUCUUCAUUAGUUCAUCUACUUGUAAUAAUACUCAGCUUAAUCGCUUUCGGUUUCUCCAUUGCCGCCGAACGUCGUCGUAGCACUGUAAUUCACUCUCCUGGUUCUCUCUGGCGAGUUGCCACUGGAUAUGGAGUAGGUGCAUUGCUUAUGGGAGUGACAAAAUGCAUGUGCUUCGGAAGACCUUUAUCUCCUGGUUCAAAUCGUGCAUGGGCCAUCAUAUACUUCAUAUCGUCAUGGCUGACAUUCCUGGUUGCAGAAGCAUGUGUUGUUGCUGGAGCAAAGAAAAAUGCUUACCACACCAAGUAUCGGGAUAUGCUCUUAGCAGAAAACUUUUCUUGCGAGACACUAAGGAAAGGUGUCUUUAUUGCCGGAGCGGUCUUUAUCGUUGCAACCAUGAUCCUGAAUGUUUAUUUCUACAUGUACUUCACGAAGGCUACUACUCAGCCAGCUCAUAAGACAAAACGUACUAGCUCGAAUGUUGGGAUGGCUGGUUAUGCAUAAAUUUUACAGAAGAAACUUUAGCUAGGCUCUAUAUUACCUACAUCAUUGGCACUAUGGUUUGUAUAAUGUAUUACUCCAUAUAGUUCGUCUAUGAUAUGAAAUCUGCUUACUGUUGGUUCU